AUGCCCAUCGGGCUUUCCGCCGUCGUGCGGCGACGGGGCCUGGAUCUCCGGGGCGGCAUGGCUAUAAAGCUCUGGCCGACGGGGGGUGGUAGUUUCCGGAUUACAAUUUCUUACCCUCACUCGGCUCCUUGUUCCUUGAUUUGGUUUUCCCCGACCAUGGCAGUUGUGCAGUUCGAUGACGAAGACUUGGCGGCCGGGCUUGCCCGGGGGGAGCUUUCUCUGAUCGGCCGACUGAUUGGUUCCCCACUGCCGCUUUAUGCACUGAGGAUGAUGCUGUGUCGAGUGUGGCGGUACAAAGGGGAACUCACGAUUUCCGCCGUAGAGGAGGGUUUGACCCAAUUCCUCUUUUCGCAGAAGGCUGACCUACACAAGGUGGUUACCAAAUCUCCUUGGAUCUUCAACAACUUCAUGUUGGUUCUGGCACGGUGGGAAGAUCCGACCCCUGCGGUGGCUGAUCGUCUCCGCUGGGCCCCAAUGGCGGUGCAGAUUUGGAAGGUCCUGUUCGAAUGCUUCACUGAGAAAAUGGCCUGGCGGUUGGGUUCCUCUCUUGGGGUCCUUAAUGAUCCUCCCACGCUUCACCGCUCGGAUGUCUCGGGUGGGCUGUAUGUUAGAGCGGCUCCAGUCCUCGAUCUCACGGCCCCUUUGCCUGACACCAUUGCUGCUGGUCAUGUUGAUCAGAAUCGAGGUAACUUUGUGGCUUUGGUUAAAGUUGAAAAGGUUCCUCACUUUUGCUUCUUGUGUGGUGUCAUUGGGCAUAUUGGAGAGAACUGCCCGAGGAAGAAGGAGUUCUCUGGAGUUACCCCAAAGUACGGAGUCUUCUCGGUGGCCACCGAAUCAUGGUCACCAGUGACGGAGGAUACCCUUUCCAGGCGCAGUCGGAGGUUCACUUGGAUCCGAGCAGCCAAGACUCACCCAUCUUCAUCAAGGAGUAGCGGCCCUUUCAAGGGAACCCCCUCCACGCCAGGCUUCUCCCCAACUGCUGUUGGCACAGGAUGGUGGUACUCUUGGCGAAUGGCGCGAUACUCGGCGGCCCUCACCGCGUAG